UUGGUUCAGGCCCGGAUUCUUAGGGUUACCGGCGAGUUCUGCGGCAGACCGCACGGGCGCUGCGUGACCGGUUCGGUGCCUUUUUUCUGCGCGGCGAUGCCAUGUUCGCCAGGUCGCGAUGGCCGCCGUGGCCCUCCAUUGCCUCCAUCGCGUGGACCCAGCUGAUUGGCUGGCUCAGGCCUCUGAGGCAUGGUCGACCCUUGGCCCAGGCCCCCAAGCCGAGGUUGGUCGGCCAGCUACUUGCCGGCUGGGGAGGCGUCGCCCUGGCGGGUCGGGUGCCGUUGACCGCCAAGGAGGCCUCGCUCUACGAGGUGCUGGGUGUGGAGCGGAAUGCCAGCGAACAAGAGAUCAAGAAGGCGUACAAGCGAGCGGCUGUGAAGUUCCAUCCGGACAAGGUGAGGCCGAUGGAGACGUCGCUCCAAUCCACUUGGCUGCCAUGUGGGGAGACGAUCGUGCCGUGCUGUUUCUCCUCCUAAAUGGUGCCGACCACCAGGAAGUGACGGCUGAAGGCCAAUCUGCCUUGGAUCUCGCGCAUUUGGCCAACAAAUCCGGGUCACAUGACCCAGUCAUCGCUCUGCUGGAAGGUCCUAGGUUGGGAGAGGAGGCCUUGCCGGACUACCUGCUAGCGCCCGAAGAAUCCGAUGAGGAUGAGUUGCUGGCGGAGCUGUCAGAUUGAGAAGACGAGUGCUAGAUAUGAAGAGAGGUAGAGGCUCCAGCUACGGUUUUUCAUUU